AUGCGCGAUGAUUCGAGACUGAUUAUUAUCAGUCUCAUCGUCGCUGGAGUGAAGCGACCACUUCGAGCGUUGUUGGAUUCUGGCGCUUCCAACAACUUCUUUCGUGCAUCCUGUUUGUCCCUUCUCCCGUCGACUGUCACGGUUCGAGAAGGUCCAGGUGACAUCGUUGUCAAACUUGCCGAUGGACAACCAAAACGUGUCCCGCGUAAAACAGUGGUUUUACCGUACACUUUCGACGGUUUCCAGAGUAACGACGAAUUUUUGGUGUACGAGAUGAACUAUGCAUUUGAUUGCAUACUUGGGAUACCGUGGCUGUCACGGUAUCAGCCGAAGAUAGAUUGGCUAUCUCGGUCCGUCAAACGACGAAGCGGUUAUGACGUCAGUGAAGUGUUUACUCAUUUGUUGGUCGCUUCAUCCGAUUGGCCUCACGUCAGGGUCGUGAACGAACUCGCCACGACUAGUAGUCAACACAGAGAGAGCGAUGGCCCUCUGUGCGCAGUAUGUUCCGUUACACUGACGGAGCCACAGAACGAAGCGGUCGAACAGCGGUUCCCGCAUACACAGACAUCGGUCGAACAGGGGUUCCCGAUGCACAACGAGGCGGUCGGACAGCGGUUCCCGCACACACACACAUCGGUCGAACAGGGGUUCCCGAUUCACAGCGAGGCGGUUGAACAGCGGUUCCCGCAUACAAGCACAUCGGACGAGCAGAGGCUCCCGAUCAAUUACGAGGCGGUCGAGCAGGGGCUCCCGCAUACAAGCACAUCGGACGAGCAGAGGCUCCCGAUCAAUUUCGAGGCGGUCGAGCAGGGGCUCCCGCAUACAAGCACAUCGGACGAGCAGAGGCUCCCGAUAAAUAUCGAGGCGGUCGAGCAGGGGCUCCCGCAAACAAGUGAAGCGGUCGAAGACGAGCUCCCGCUUUUAAUUGACGAGAAUGGGCGGACUAAGGAUCCGCAUGAGACCGACGUGGUGGAGACAGAGCUCCCACGUCUAGAGGGGGGUACAUCAUCCUCUUAUGAGACCGACGUGCCAGUCUCGAGCAGGGGCUCGAGACGCAAGAGAAAACGCACGAAAGGAGCACGCCGAUCAACGAGACGACGAAAUUCACGUCAACAUGCUGAUGCAUUUGAUUCCAUAGUGACGGUAUCCGUAUGCGCACUUGAAUAUGUGGAGAGAUCCCCACAUCGUGGCCGCUACAUUGAGGUAGAGAGUCCACCGUGCACUGCUGCAGAUAUCACAUCGCUGCCAGACCUUACAUGGAAAGACUUCCUUUAUGACCUCAAGGCCGGCGACAUCGAGCAAGUGUGCAUCCUUUCAGCCACCGAAGCAGCCAGUAAAGAAGUUCUGGAGGCUCGCCCGAAGAGCGCCGAGCCUAAAUCAGCGCGCGAAGAACGCUUCGCGGCACAGUCUUGGGAGCUCUUCGUGCUUCGGGCAACCCUGUAUACGAUAUCGCCCGUGAAUCUCGUGCCAGGAUCGAAAUAUUGCGUGACACGGCAGUGGCCGUUACCGCGCGACCAAGUCAUCGCUAUUGAUGAAUUUUUCGAGGGUCGCCGCAAGGCUGGCCAUGUCCGCGAGAGUAUCUCGCCACAUUCGAGUCCGACUUUCUGUGUGAAGAAAGCCACCGGCGGUUGGCGCAUUGUGCACGCCUUCAACAAGCUGAAUGACGCCACGAUCCCGGCUCAAACGUCUAUCCCUCGAAAAGACAUGGUAUUAAAUACCAUGUCCGGGAGCGAGAUCUACAGCGCCAUAGAUCUGAAAGACGGUUUCUAUCAGAUCCUCAUGAGGGACAGUGACAUUCCGUUCACUGCGGUCAGCACCCCAAGCGGGAUGCUUUGGGAGUGGCUAGUCAUGCCACAAUGCCUUAAGAAUGCUCCAGCUACGUUCAAUCGGAUGGUGACACAAGUACUUCGCCCACUUCGCGACUUUGCACCGAGCUACUUUGACGACAUUUUCGUCCACAGCCGCGCUGAGCAAAAGCUCAGCGCUACGGAGGUACACCUUCGACACUUGAAGCAGGUGUUUCAACUUAUGCGAGCGAAUAAAUUGUAUGCGAAUUUGAAGAAAUGUGUCUUCUGCGCUCCCGAGAUUCCAGUACUCGGUUGCUACGUCAGCAAGGAAGGUGUCCGCGCUGAUCCUGAGAAGAUCUCAUCGAUCUGUUCCUGGCCAACGCCCAGGAACCAAACUGAAUUACGUCAAUGGCUCGGUCUGGCAAAUUUCUUGCAUAAGUAUACGAAGAACUAUGCUGAGCUAAUUCAGCCAUUAUCGACUUUGCUCAAGAAAGAUGCAGUAUGGUUAUGGACGGCAGAACAUCAAUCUGCCUUCGACUCCGUAAAGAAGAGCUUGUCCGAGGCGCCGGUGCUGAUGUUACCUGAUGACUCUAAGCCAUUCCACGUCGUGUGUGACGCGAGCAAUUUCUCUAUAGGAUGUGCUCUCAUGCAAUAUGAUGACGAGGGUCGAGAGCGCGUCGUGAGUUUUCAAUCACGAACGAUGAAACCUGCCGAGAGAAAUUAUCCGGUACACGACAAGGAACUUUUGGCUAUGCGUUACGCGCUAAUCAAGUUUAGAGUAUAUUUGCUCGGCGAAAAGAUGUUUUCUAUCUACACAGAUCACGCAUCAUUGCGAACCGCCGUCAAGAGUCCUCACUUGUCCCAGCGUAUGGCACGGUGGUUGUCAUUUUUUGCCGAGUAUAAUUUUGUGGUGCAUUACAAGCCUGGCAAGAAUAACAUUCUCGCCGAUGCGCUUUCUCGUCGUCCUGAUUACGAUCCUCGGCGUGAUAUUGGUCAUCAAACGGAGUAUGUUGAUGACGACGAAGAUAUCUGUGUGUGUUGUAUUGAACUGGGACUUAAUGCGGUGAUUUCGACCCCCGUGCUUUCGAUCCGAACUCAGAUCGCUGAAUCCUACGCGAAUGAUUCCUUCUAUGCAGGAAUCAUCAACUAUCUCAGGGACCCGAGCGAAAAAUUACUCGCGAAGUUGACGAAACCAACACGCGACAACAUCAAGCGUUACGCGCUUGACGGUCCGCUGCUGACGUACACGAUGGACGUCUUUGAUUCCCCGCGUGUCGUCAUCCCUGCUAAUGAAGACCUUCGAGCCCGAUUGGUUCAUGAAUUUCACGACAGCCCAGCUGGCGGACACCUGGGUCGCGAGAAGACGUUUGCAGCUAUUUCUCGCGUAUUUUUCUGGCCGCGAAUGUAUAAAUACAUCCAGAAAUGGGUGCGCUCCUGUGAAACCUGUCAGCGUGUGAAGCCUGCGCCGUCUUCACAAUCCCCACUGCGUCCGCUUCCGAUUGCUACGGAAGCCUGGCGCUCGGUCAGCAUGGAUUUUAUCUUUGGCCUUCCACCGGAUGAACAGAAACGCACGGGCGUAUUGGUUCUAGUGGAUCGAUUCAGCAAAAUGGUGCAUUUUGCUCCGGUCUCCGCCAACAUUACGGCGGAGACGACAGCGAAGAUCUUCAUUGAUCUUAUCUUUAGGCAUCACGGCUUGCCAGAAUCUAUUGUUUCGGACCGUGACCCGCGUUUCACUUCGGCUUUCUGGGACGAAUUAUUCCAGCUAUUAGGCACGCGGUUGCUUAUGUCUACGGCGACCCAUCCAGAGACGGAUGGGCAAACGGAGCGCGUGAACAGAGUGCUCGAAGAUGUCUUGCGCAGUUAUGCAACAUCGUUCUCAUCAUGGAGUUCAUUUCUUCCACUUGCAGAGUUUGCAAUCAACAAUGCUGUCCACGCGUCAACCGGGUUGACGCCCUUUUUCGUUAACAACGCGAGGCAUCCUCGCGUUCCGGCGCUGCUUGCUCUCUCAGCUUCAGAACACCCUGUUUCCAAGCUUGGUGGGGGAGUAUCUACGGAUGGAAUUGCGCCGAAACUAUUGAUGAUUGAUUACGAUGCGCAUAAGGUUGCUGCCGAUGCACCUACUACUGGUAAUUUUGUGGCCAACGGCAUAUCGACUCCUGACGCGAUGCUUUCCAUCGCGUCUCCCGUUGCCAAUUUUGCUCCAAAGGAGAAUACGUCGCCUGUAAGUUCGGCUGCAGUAACCGAAUUCCUACUAUUACGACAAGGAAUCACGCGUUUUGUGCGUGAUGCAUUACAAGAGGCAGUCGACAAGCAAAAGGAGAAUGCAGACAGAAGAGGGCGAAAGAAUAUGUUGAUAUUUCGAGAAGGUGACAGAGUAUUGUUAUCAACAAGUGGAUUACCGAACAUCUCAGUGACGAAUUUGGGCGCUAAUAAGUUAGCGCCAAGAUAUAUUGGCCCAUUUCGGGUUGUUAAGGUGCAUGGUUACGCUUACACGCUAGACAUACCUACAUCUAUGCGUUUGCACCCGACGUUCUAUGUCGGGCGCCUCAAGGCUUACCUGCCGGCGGAUCUCCCUUCGAAUCUUCCCCGCUCUUCUGUGCCGGCUCGAAAUCCGACAUCCCUUGACGACAACGUUAACGACGACUGGGACCAAGUCCUGCCCGAAUGCGUGCAGACUCGAUCUGCUGGGGUCCUCCGAACGCAGUCUUCUCAAGUUGAUGUAGGCGCUCAACCAGUACCAGCUGCUCACGUCGGGUCCGCUCAGCAGCCUCAGUCGCAGCAUCCGCACGAUCUUGAGCUCUCUCAGCCAUCUCGCGAGCAUCGAGUAGGGCAUUCUUCGAUUCCUCGACUUCAGCGUGAAGUAGACACAGCUCAUCAUUCGACUGCACAGGAGCCCGAUUACGAGAAUCGGCGCUUAUCGCCAGAGGUCUUCCGUCGUGAUGCUCGUCCUCCAUUAGCGCCGAGUAAUAACUCGGCUCCCAUGAAGAAGCGUGUCGAGAAACAUUACAGGGUUCGCUGGUUGGGAUAUUCCCCGGCGGACGAUACAUGGGAGCCAUCGAGUACGCUGUCCCAAGAUGUCCCGGACGUGGUCGAGGACUACGAGUCCCGUAGAAAGACGGUGAUCGCGACCGACGCUGACGGUUCCAUCCCCGAUCUCGCGAGCCGUAAUGCUCGCGAGCAACGAAAUCGCGACGACCUCCCGAACGCUCAGACUCCGAGACCUAUUACGAGGCUCGGGAGCAUAUGGAUGAUAGGGUUGACGAUCUCGGCUACGUGA